AUGAGACAUUGUGAUGAUGGUGGUGGCAGAAGACAUCCCAAUGUGCCUUCACUGUCCACAUUAUUGAUAUCAGAUCCGCCUGUGAUUGUCAUUGAAGACGACGACCCAGAUGUUGCUGAAUCAACACAGGCACAACACGCUAAAUUAUCGCCAUUACUGUCACCGGUUGACUCGCAUUAUGCUUCUUCCAUUUCAUCCAGCUGCUGUUCAUCUCCUCAUUUGCUGUCAGUCAGUCAGUCUUUGCCUCCUUUGCAAGGCGAUGACCCGCCAAAAAGAUUGAAAAGACAUCCCUCCAUCUCAUCCAUGUCAAGUAUCACAUCCAACUGCUCUUCUUCAUCUUUGAUGACUAAGCCCACACUAUGGCAUAUUACAUCGCCUUCCAUCUCUCCCAUACUGUCGCCUAGCUCCAUCUCUUUUCCUUUUCCUUCUCCCUCAACACAGCAGCAGCAGCAGCAGCCAUCUAUCUUGAUAUCGCCUUCCUCUCCCUCUGCUCCAUCCACACUGACUCUACAGCCUUGUCGAUCUCCCUCUCCUGUCGCUGCUACUCCAGAGCGAGAUCAAAGGCCGCUGUUGCCGCCUUCUACCCAAAUCAUUGUGAACGAAGAAGGAGAGACCAUCCUCAAGCGCAGACGAGGUAGGCCACCUAAUGCAAAAGAGUCUCCAGAAGAGGGAGGAUGGACAUUUCUGACACCCACUGUUUGGGAUGUCAAAAACCAGCAGUCGUCUCAAGAUGCAGCGACAAAAGGUGUUGUCUCAAAUCAACAACAGCCACCACAGACACUUGCAGCGUCCAUCACAAACGGAGGCGUCGCCGUGUUCUCGAGCUCCAUUGUGAAGGAUCCACUUUUACAAAUGCCUAGAAAGAAGCGAGGAAGAAAACCCAAGACGCAAAUAGCCGGUAACUCGUGCUUUGUGUGGAAAGACAUCACUGCUACUAGAAGAUCUACAAAAGCGAUGAAGCUAGCACAGCAGCAGCAUAAAAAAAGAGAUCAUCUAGUAGACCAAGACGGUACAUCUAGUACCACAGCCACUCGGUUGAGAAGGAUUGAGCAAGCUCGUCCAGUUGAUACCAACACCAGCUAA